ACCUUAAUUCAGUUUCGCUACCCGUCGAUUCCUAAACAAAAUGCGGCCAGUCCGGUGAUGUAGAAUGCCAUUCGUUCGAACUUGUGAACAGUUCACAUCAAUUUUUUUCUGAACUUGCUUUGUAAAAUAUUAAAAAUUUAUUAGUGCUACCCCAAACCAACACAACCCGAAAAUUAACAAAGUGCUUAUUUUUUCCAUUCCAAAAUGCUCUUGGUGUAAGUGUGUUCAAGCUCUCAAUAUUGUCGAGAUAUGGUGAGUCUAAGAUAUUUUUGUUGUUUGCUAGAACAUUCAUUCUGUAGUCCGUGGCGCGGCCCUUCCUCCUCGUCGAAAAAAUACGCUGAUCUGUAGCCCGCACUUUAGUGUAUAGUCGAAUGUUUUUUGAGCUUUGUUCCGUGGACAAAUUCUCUGAUCUGUAGCCCGUAGCGCGGCUCCUCGAGGUCUGCUCACCCUUGAAAUCAUUGCCAACGGCCAGGAUGCGCGACUUGAGCGGAUCGUCCUGUGAGAAUGCGCUAAGGAAUGAAUGGUGCAAUCAUAGGUUAUUCCGACCGAUUUUUGAAUAUAAAAGACUCCACUUUCCAAUCAACCUCAUUCUGUUAAAGAUAUCGUUCUGAGCAAGAGCCGCAGACCAGAGCAGAAUGGGCGACAAGGACCUUCUUUUGACGGAAUCACUUGAUUCGAUUGAAUCAGCCAGUGUGAAAAAGAAUGCAGGAAUUAAGAGUCAGAUACCCAAAAUUCCAUGGUAUAUGGACGGUGGCUUCGUCAUUUUCUGGGCCUCACUCUUCCUAACGGUCGUGGUGCCCCUCUUUUACCGCCUUCCUGAGGCCAAUACCCUCGAGGAUGUGGGCAAGGGAGUCUUUAUUGCCGAACGCGCCCAGGAAAAUCUCUACGAUUUUGCAAAGAUUGGCACCAAGUUGGUCGGAAGCGAUGGAAACGAGAAUAAAACCGUUCAGUAUAUUCUAAAAGAACUAGCUCUAAUUAAGGCGAAUGUUCUUGAAGACUAUUUCGAUAUGGAGAUAGACCAUCAACUUGCUUAUGGUUCGUAUGUGAGGGGCGGAGCACAAUACCAGUAUCAGGCUGUGCAGAAUAUAGUGGUUAAAAUAACGCCCAAGGGCAGUACGAGCCAAAAUUACCUGCUGGUGAAUUCCCACUUUGACUCAAAGCCCACCAGUCCAUCAGUCGGCGAUGCGGGUCACAUGAUUGUGACCAUGAUGGAGGUGAUCAGAAUUAUCACAACCUCGACGGAUAAGUUAACCCACUCAAUUAUCUUCCUCUUCAACGGAUCCGAGGAGAACUCCCUGCAGGCCUCUGACGGUUUCCUUACUUCACACAAAUGGGCACCAUACUGCAAGGUCGUAAUUAAUUUGGAUGCAGCUGGUAGUGGAUGUAGGGAGCUUUUAUUCCAGACCGGUCCCAACAAUACGUGGCUUGUCAAGUACUACAAAGAGAGUGCGAAACAUCCAUUUGCUACCACCAUGGCUGAGGAAAUUUUCCAAACUGGUAUUGUGCCCUCGGAUACUGACUUUGAUAUAUUCACCGACUAUGGUGACAUCGUUGGUUAUGACAUUGGUCUGGUUUGCAACGGUUUCGUCUAUCACACAAAGUACGACCAAUAUGAUAUCAUACCUCGGGCUUCUAUUCAGAACACGGGAGACAACCUUUUGGCUCUGGUUAAAGCCCUUGCCAAUGCCCCAGAAUUGGCUGAUACCACUGAGACCGGAAAAGCCGUGUUCUUCGAUGUCCUAGGAUUGUUCUUUGUUAGCUACUCGGCGGACAAUGGAAAAACCUUCAACUAUGCCGUGGCUGGGGUGGCCAUUAUCCUGGUUUAUGUAUCUCUUUUGCGCAUAGCGGAUGUCUCUAACGUUACCGCAGCACAGGUCCAAGGCUGGUUCGUCCUCAUCCUUGUCCUUCAAGUGAUAGCCUUUGUGCUGGGACUAGCUCUUCCCAUAGUGGUCGCAUAUGUGUUCGAUAAGUACGGACUAUCGCUCACCUACUUCAGCACUCCGGCUCUUUCCAUCGGCCUGUACGUUUGCCCAAGUCUUGUGGGACUGGCUCUUCCCAGUUUCAUUUACCUCAGGCUGCAGAAGAAUGAGAAAAUCACCUACGCCCACCAACUGCAAAUGGCUCUCCAUGGGCAUGCUAUUGUUCUGUCGAUCCUUGGGAUUGGCAUCAAUUAUUACGGCCUGCGUAGUACAUAUAUCAUUACGUGGACCCUGGUCUUCUAUGUCAUCCCUAUGGCUCUUAAUUUGCUGAGCACUCUCCAGGAUCGCGGAUACUCAUGGACUGGGAUCUUAAAACUGACACAGGUCGUCCCGUUCCUUUACAAUAGCUAUCUUUUCUACACAUUCAUUGUGAUUCUAACCCCAAUGAUGGGUCGUUUUGGACAGACCACCAAUCCUGACUUGAUCAUUUCUGCCAUGGCCGCCUUGGGAACUAUUCUUUCAAUGGGAUUUUUGAUUUUGCUUAUAAAUGUCUCACGUCGAUCGGGUUAUAUUCUGCUGGCUUUGUUGGCCGUAAGUGCGGCCACUAUUUACAUUGCCAGCUCCACGGAAAUUGGUUUUCCAUAUCGUCCAAGGACUAAUGUCGAAAGGGUAUACUAUUUGCAUGUGCGCCGAACCUUUUACGAAUACGAUGGAACCAUUAGCAAGGAUGAGUCCGGAUAUCUGUUCAACUUCCAGGAUCGUCGUGGUAGUGCUCCCCUACUGGAAGCCAAAGUGGAUCUAACUGGCAUGGUGAGCAUGGCAUCCGACUGUGCCAAGUACAUGAUGUGCGGAGUGCCAUAUCCCGAUUCUCGCUAUGUGAAGAAUCGUCUGAACGGAACUUGGUUGCCUCGGGAAAUACCCAUUGAACCUGCCACCGAUGAACCCUUGGUGCUUCUGAACAAAACUGUUUUGGAAGAUGGCAACACUGUUCGGUUCGAAUUCGAGAUAAGGUUCACAGACCAUUCGACUCUGUACAUUGAGCCUUAUGUGGAUGCAACCAUCACCAAGUGGUCGCUAAUUGAAAGCUACUUGUCCACUACCCCACCCUAUUAUGUGUUCUUCACUUACGGGGUAGAUGAUUCUCCUCUUAGUGUUACUAUUGAGAUUCAGAAAUCCAACGGAGACUUCAACGUACCAGUCUGUGAAAUCGGAGUUGGCAGACAGUUUAUGCAUACUUCAGGCGAUAUAACUGCUCAGGAAUUUGCCAAGACAUUCCCCGACUCCGCGGUCCUGAUUGAAUGGCCAGCGGACUACCACCGAUACAUAUUUUAGACCGAAUCUAAGUUGAUUAAUUAGUAUGAAUUUGAAUU